AUGAAGCCGCAAGUUUUUGCAGAUUCGCUCGUUCGCACGCCGGUCGGACGUGGGAUCGUUCGCAAGUUCCGUGGGGUUGAUGGCAUGUACAAGUGCCAUGACGGAAUGGUCGUUGUCGCCAACGCGUCAGGAACGGAUACAAGCCACUUUACCGAAGAGAACCUGCUGCUCUGGGGCACGUAUACAUCACCGCCAGCCACGAGCUCUUUGCGCGCGGUCAUUAACUUCCGCGGAGAAGAUCGCGUCUACGAGAUCCGGCGCUAUUUCACGGUGAGACGAAAACGCGAAGCGGCGCGACGCGGCUUCACGUACAAGUGUAUUGUUCAUGAGCAGUGUUUGCAGCCCCCUCCUGUGUCUCCAUCUCGAAGCUUCUUCUCCAUGCUUGGGCUGAGCUCAGGCAAGAAUGCAGCAGCGCCGACGAGCACACCUGCUCCGGUUAGCUCUUGUGUUACCACGAUAUAUGGCAAAGAUGUUGUCUGCAGCUGCCGCGAAAAGGCCAUGCUCCUCCAGAGUGGUGGCAUCUUUCAGUUGCUCCGGUAUGGGUUGCGACUUCCAGCACGGGACCGGCGUAUUUGCCGUUCGUAUGCUGAUGAGACUGGCGUUGAGCACCAGAUUGACACCAUCUUCGGUCUGGCCGCCACGGCAAUGAGUCAGCCGUACAACGGGUGCUGCAAAGCGUUUCUCAUGAACUCGGAUUACGAUGGGGUCGUUGCGUACGUCCAGGCAGACCACGCAAAGGAAGAGCGCUGGAAAUUAUCGACACCGUUUGGUAGAGGCACUGUACGCUUACACCGUGUGUGGAUGACAUUUACGUGGUGGACUUGCCGUCAAUGCAUGAACGCUGCGCGAUCGGCCUCCGGGCGGCCGGUGCGUGGCGUGGUUGGACAGCCGGUUGAUACAAUCUAUGGAUCGGGGAUGCUGGAGCAGAACGUGAUCCGAGCGAUCAAGGCAUCUCGUGGUGACAUGGUCAUGACGCCUUUUGGGUCAGGUGGUGAUGCGAGUAUCGUCCGCACGACGGUUUGCCUGCGUAAUCCCGGACUGGGAUUCGAAUGGCCAGAGCCGCGUAUCAACCUACAUGAGGACAGUCUCCUGCGCACGGGUUUGGUGGAGAAACCCCCAUCCGGCUGCGUCGUUAUGUGA